CACUCGGAGGCGUGGCCGGCGGGACGGUGACGUCACGCUGGAUGAGCAUCUACGGUGUGACGUCACGAAAAACAAUCCCGACUAUGCGAUGACGUCACGCGGAGGCACGAUCGUCGGGCCGUGACGUCACGCGGUGGCGGCGCGGCGCGCGGCAGUGACGUCAGGCGGCGGCAGCAUGGCGGGCAGCGGGCGCCGGCCCGAGCACCGCGGGCCGCCCGAGCUGUUCUACGACGAGGCCGAGGCGCGCAAGUACACGCAGAACUCCCGCGUGGUGGAGAUCCAGUCGCAGAUGUCGGAGCGCGCCGUGGAGCUGCUGGGGCUGCCCGAGGACCGGCCGUGCCUCCUGCUGGACGUGGGCUGCGGGUCAGGGCUGAGCGGGGAUUACAUCUCUGAGGAGGGCCACUACUGGAUUGGCAUGGACAUCAGCCCUGCCAUGCUGGAUGUGGCUGUGGAGAGGGAGGUGGAAGGAGACCUGCUCCUGGCAGACGUAGGUCACGGCAUUCCCUUCAGGCCUGGCAUGUUUGACGGCUGUAUCAGUAUUUCUGCAGUGCAGUGGCUCUGUAACGCUGACAAGAAAUCACACAGCCCCCCAAAACGCCUCUACAGAUUCUUCUCCACUCUUUACACUGCCCUGGCCCGAGGAUCCCGAGCUGUGCUGCAGCUGUACCCCGAGAACUCAGAGCAGCUGGAGCUCAUCACAGCCCAAGCCAUGAGAGCUGGAUUUACUGGGGGAAUGGUGGUCGAUUACCCCAACAGUGCCAAAGCCAAGAAGUUCUUCCUUUGUCUCUUUGUUGGGGCAUCUGGCACGUUACCAAAGGGUCUUGGUACCGAGUGUGCCGAUGAAGAGCUGCACCAGGCAAAGUUCACCAACGAGAGGACACGGUUCAAAAACAUCAAGGGCAAGUCUGUGAAGAAAAGCCGGGACUGGAUCUUGGAGAAGAAGGAGCGUAGACGACGGCAGGGCAAGGAGGUGCGAGCAGACACGAAAUACACAGGUCGGAAGCGCCGCCCUCGCUUCUGAAUUGCUCUGGACUCUGCAGCUGGGGAAGCGUGGUGUGUGGGUGCCUCCAGCGAGCCUCCUGUGGAUGGCACAGAUGGGCAUCCCACACCUUAGACUUGCUGGGACAGGCCAUUGUGGCUCUUGAUGGUGUAAACUGGCUCAGGUGCUGCCCAACAGCCAACUGCAAAGCUUCCAGCCCUGCUUGCCUGCUGAAGGUGGAGUGGCAGACAGUGCUCUGGCCACUUGGGUGUCUGCAGUGCUGGCACUUACCUUCCUGAGUACAGCGAGCCAGCUGAGCUCUGGGUGAGCCAGGACAUGAUAUCCAGCCUCCUCACUAAAGAGUCAACAAGUUGGAAGUGUUUGCUGGUCUCCUGUGUCCUGCUUCCAUGGUGGGGAGUACUGAGGGGGUAAUAUGGCACCUAGUUCCCUGCCAGCUUCCCCUCUGUGUGCAGGUGGGAAGUCAGGCACUGUAAAGCUGUGGAUCCCAUGAGGGCAAAGCUGCCUCCUGGCAGAAAUGUUAUUCCUGGGGGCAUUGCUCCUGAGGAUGCUUGGUAUCCUGUUUGCUUUAGUGCUCCCAUGGUACUGGGGCUGGCUGUACCCCUUCCCCUGAAACAGAGAGGUGCCAGCCAGGGCUUUACAGUUACAAAUGUUUAUUCUACAUAAAAAUUCCACAAAAUGGGAAGCUGUUUUGCACCCAAAGCUUUGGGAGAAGAAAGGGAGGCUAGCAGGGAGGGAAAAGGGGGGAGGAAAAAAGAGGCAACAUACAGUGUCAUCCAGCCCAGUGAGACAGAGCAAGCCAGGGUCAAGAUCCACAUAGAAAACAAGGACACUUAGCUCACAGUACAGCAACAGUACAACUCCACGGGGGGCUCGGAAAGCCUUCAAGUACAUUAAUUACAAAAAAAACCAAUCCCCAGUUCGAGUGCAAGCUGUGCGUGCCCCACACUGCUCGUGGAAUACUGCAUCGACACGCUCCCGGCGCGGGGAGGGCAGGUGGCACUUGGAACAGAGGUGGUGGAACCCAAAGGACAAGCGGGCGGAGGUUUUGAGGGGGAGGGGGGGGCUGGAAAAGAAAAAAGUGAAAUGUCUUCCCAAAGCACAACCACACUUGGUGAUUUGGUCUGUACAUGCAACGACAGGUAGGUAAAAAGGAACUGAACGGGGCUUCCCGUAGUGCAGGGGUAAUUAUUGCACCAAAACACCCUCCCCUCACAGCGAGGACAGUGUGAGCCUGCCUGUGGGGCAGCAGUGGCAGCCUGCUCCUCGCCUCGGAGCCUGGCAGUGCCACGGCCUGCAGGAUCCCAGCAAAGCGCCAGCGGCCCCGACUGGCCCCGCCCGGCUCCUGCUGCUGGGGGGCUGCUGGCAGUGGUGGUGCCGACAAGGAAGGAGCAAGGGCCAGAAUUCCCCUUGUGCCUUGACGGGGGUGCCACAGCCCUGAUGUCAGGUGAGCAUGUGCCACAAAAGCCGCUGCUUGGAAGAAAAAAAAAAAAAAUAAG